CCCGGACGGGGCUCGGAGCCGAGCCGGGCGCCCAGCACCGCCGCCGGAGCCCCGCGGCACCGGGGGCGGCUCCACCGCGCGCCCCGCCCGGCCCCGGCCGGGUCCCCGGUCCCCAUGGCGGUGCACGAGUGGGACUGGUUCCGGCGGGAGGAGCUCAUCGGUCAGAUCAGCGACAUCCGCGUGCAGAACCUGCAAGAAGCUUUUUCCCCUUCCAUCCAUACCUGCACCUGCUUCUUCACUCACACAAGCCACGCCGUCUCCUGGAGUCGGAGCUGGAGCCCUCCUGUCUGUCUGUCAGCGACCUCCCCUGCAGAACAAGCAGGAGGAUGGGACAGAAGCGCAGCUCUGUGCGCAGUCACUGCCCGCUGCCUCUUACGUACAAAAGUUGAGAGAGAAAAUGUACAGAAGAGAACCUUCACUCGGUGGGUCAACCUGCACCUGGAGAAAUGCAACCCGCCUCUGGAAGUCAACGACCUCUUUGUGGACAUCCGAGAUGGCAAGAUCCUCAUGGCGCUGUUAGAAGUCCUUUCAGGGCGAGAGCUGCUGCACGAGUACAAGGCCUCCUCCCACCGGAUCUUCCGGCUAAACAACAUCGCCAAGGCACUUCAGUUCCUGGAAGAGAGCAAUGUGAAGCUGGUCAGCAUUGACGCAGCGGAGAUCGCGGACGGCAACCCCUCCUUGGUGCUCGGGCUGAUCUGGAACAUCAUCCUCUUCUUCCAGAUCAAGGAGCUCACGGGCAACCUGAGGACCUCACCCUCGUCUAGCCUGUCCCCAGCCUCGGGGGGCACGGACUCGGACUCCUCCUUCCCCCCCACACCCACGGCCGAGAGGAACGCGGUGCUGUCCAUGAGGGACCAGAGAAAGACCAUCCGGGCCCUGCUGGCCUGGGUGCAGAGGAAGACCCGGAAGUAUGGCGUGGCGGUGCAGGAUUUUGCGGGCAGUUGGCGGAGUGGGCUGGCCUUCCUGGCCGUGAUCAAGGCCAUCGACCCCAGCCUGGUGGACAUGAAGCAGGCCCUGGAGGACUCCAUGCGGGACAACCUGGAGAGGGCCUUCAGGGUGGCCCAGGACGCCCUUCACAUCCCCAGGCUCCUGGAGCCAGAAGACAUCAUGGUUGACAAUCCAGAUGAGCAGUCUAUCGUGACUUACGUGGCGCAGUUUCUAGAACGUUUCCCGGACCUGGAAGCCGAAGACCUGGUGGACUCAGACGAUGAAGCUCCAAUCGAGGCCACGUUUGUGCGCAUCAGGGAGACGCCGUCUGAGCAGGAGAGCAAGAUCCUGCUUCUGCCCGAGGACAGGGAGAGCAGCUUCACCCUCAGCCACCCGCCGCCCUCCAAGGUCUUCGUGGGCGACUGGCCCGAGCCGGCGGAGGACGGCGGGGCGCCCCAGGACACGGCCAGCUUCAUGCACCAGCUGCUGGAGCAGAUGCUGCAGGAGACCCCAGGGCGGAGCGUCAGCCUGAACGAGCCCUCCCCGGAGUCUUCCAUCUUGGCCUCCAGGAAGGAGAACCGUCGGGCCAACUCGCUGCCGGGGAAGAAGACCGUGCACUUCCAGGCCGACGCCUUCCAGGAUGCUCCCUGCGGCAAGGAACAGCCCGAGGCCACCCCCUCCCCAGAGACCCCCGGGGAGAUCUCUUCAGAGACUCCGGAGGGGCAGAGCUGUGGUGGGCGUCCUUGCCUGGGCUCCCGCUCCUGGAACGGGGCUCUGGACGGCUCUGCCGUGCCCGUGGAAGAAGGGCCCCCCCCGAGCUCCCCCGAGGAGGAGAAUAUCGCCGUGGCCGAGUGUCUGGAGCUCAGGGUCAAGCUGCUGGUGGGCUCGCUGGCCACGGAUGACCCCUUCGAGGCCGUGCCCCUCAAGGCGUCCAGGUUCAGCAGCGACCUGACUGACUACGCCUCCACCAGCCACGCCUUCUGCAAGGGGCCACCCCCAGAGGACAGGCGGCCCCCCGGGCCCCCCGAGGUCCAGCAGAGGCAGCCCGGGCCGCUGGGUAAGAGGAAGAGCAAGUCGGCCCACAGGAAGGAUGAUUCGGACGAGCCCCAGCUCAAGGCUGGCCGGAGGGGGCCCGGCCCUGAGGAGGAGGAGACCCACGUCUUCGAGAGGACCAGGUGCAAGUCCCCCCGACUCCUGGCCGAGGAGGACAGGGAGGCGGCCGGCCCACCGGGGUCCGAGCCCCCCUCCCAGCCACCCAGCACCAGCGUUAGCCUGGAGACCCUUGGCAGCCGCAGCCAGGAGGGCCUGAGCUUCCUGCCCUCCCCGCCGCUCUCCAAGACCGCCGUCCUCCCACUGGACCCCUUCUACUACCCACACUACGGGCUGCCUCUGACCACCCUCCUGGAGACCUACGCCGAGGCCAUCGAGGACCCCAGGCAGGACGAGCUGGACCCUGAGGGGCCCGAUGGCUUCCUGAGUGAAGCCGGGUCCCGAGAGGAGAAGGGAGAGGAAGAGGACGAGGAGGAGGAGGAGGGAGAGCAGGAGGAGGAGGAGAAGCAGGAGCCCAGGGAUGCCCCCAAGGAGUACCCACAGGCCAGUGACCCAGAGUCCCCUCUGGCCCCGGGUGCAGGGGGUCCGGAGCCAGCCUCAGACGCCACCCCCCCACAGGACCACCCGCAGGAGACAGAUCCCGGGGAGAACCAUCAGUCCCAGGGACCCUCCAGCCCGCUAGGAGAAAAAGCCACGGAAGGGUCCACCAGCAGCAAAAAGAAGGAGAAGAGGAAGCACGUGGACCACGUAGGGAGCUCCAUCUUCAUCGUGCCUGCGGCUGUCUGCUCCUCAGACGAGCUGGAGGAUGACCCCGGCGAACACAAGGUCCCCUCCAGGACAAGUCACAGUGACUCCAGCAUUUACACCCGGCGGCUCCCUAAUAGGGCUUUGGAAUCGGACCACGCUAGCUACAUCCAGCUGAGGAACGGCGCAGAUCUGGACGGCAGGAAAGACCGGAUCUCACCCAGGAAGGCCAAGGACUCUGGGGAGGCGGUGCUGCCCUCGGGCCUGAGCCCCCCGGCCGAGUCUCUGGGGCAGCUGGUGCCUCCGGACGUGCUUUACUUCAUGCUCUUCCUCUGGCUCCUGGUGUACUGUCUGCUGCUGUUCCCGCAGCUGGAGGUCAGCGGGCUGUGAAGGCACCACCCCCACCUGGGGGACCCCACCUCCCUCUGCUCCCUGUCUUGGAUCCGGCAGAACUUGGAGGACCUCAGAGAAAUUAAGUGUCUCCCCGCGCCCACCACCGUGUCUCCAGGUCUCUUUCUUGCUCUGGGGGUCCCGGCCCGCUCCCCCCGGCUGUGUGUGGGGGCUGGAGUUCCGGCCCCUCAGGCGAGAGCCCUCCCGAUAAGAAGGAAGGGGGCCCCCACCCCCAGGCCCGGGCCAACCUGCCCACAGCAGCAGCCAGGAGAGGGACUGGGCUUGGUUCCUGGCGCCCUGGAGUCUGGGGGUGGGAACUUCCUGGGGGCCAACUGCACCUCCUGCCAGCUCAACCCUGCGAACAGACAUCCUAGCAGGAGGUGACGCUCCAGUCGUUUACACCCCAGAUUACACUGGGGGGUGAGUAGGAUUUUUUUUGGGUAGGAGGGGGGGUGUUUUAGAUUUUAACUUUUUGCCUUGAUUGUGCUGAGCCCAAGCUGUGAAUCUUCUCAGAGCUGAAGUCUUGGGGGGGGGGGUCAGAGAAGGAUCUGGAGGCUGAUGAGCCCUCUGCUUUGCCUGGGGGUCUCCGGGCUUCCCAUGGGUGGCCUCUCUGCACAGCCCCAAGUCCCAGAGCCCCCUGGGAGAGCAGCUUUGUCUGAGCUGGGGCUGAAGUCCUGCCCCCAGAAGCCUUUGCUCAUGGCCCCGAGGGGACACUCCUGACUCCUCCCCUGACCCUCUCCCCCAUGGCCCCUGCCACUCUGAGCCCUUUGUCUGGCCCUGUGACUGUCUCCUGGAGGGGCCUCAGGGAGUGCCCAGGCCAGAGCAGGCCACACCCCCAGGGGAGCCCCGUCUUGGGCCCAUGAAUUUCGGGGGGUGGCUUUGUGAACGGUCAGCUUCAAGUGUCUUCCUUUAGAACAACAGCCAUGUGUCAAGCCAGCCCCCUGUUAGCUGUGCCCCGUUUCUGCCCCCAGGCAGUGCUGUUCAGUCAAGCCUGCUCCUGGGUUACCUGAAGCUUCUCUGUGGCCCUGGGGCUGGUCAGCUCAGCAGGCCAUCAUCCUGUGAAGCUCAUUUCUCCCCUCAAACCAGGGCCUUGCCUCCCUGUCCCUCCUGCCAGUCACCGCCCCCGCUGUGCUUGCAGCCUGCCUUGCCCCAACUUCUCCAGAACCUUCCAGCCCAAAGCGUCAGGGGGCUUGGGGCGGGUGUACCCUAAAGGCUAAUGUCCAGAGGAAUAUGAGCCCCCCUGCCUCCCCCCCUCAGAGCUCAGAGGCACAGAGGAGAGAAAUGGCGGGUGUGGUGUUUUGUGACCUUAAACCACUAGGCAGAUGCUAGAAGACACAGGCACUGAGUGGCGGCCAGACGCCGAGGGUCUCUCGUCAGCCUGGUGCAUGCCUGGCCCCCCAGUGCGUGUGCGGUGGGGGUGAGGGGUGAGGUGUGGGGGCAUGUGGAGUGCUCUUGGCUCUCCAGCCUGCGUCUCUCUCCUCCAAGGCUGUCUGUCGCCCUGUGCUCCGCUCAGUCGGCACGUCUCCCCGCCCUGGUCUGUCUACCUGGCUGGCGGCUCGGGCCUAGUCUAACUUGGGCCUCUUUGGAGAGGAACUUGAAGCUGUUGUGGACGCAGGGCCUCUCCUGACCCUCACCAGAUGCAGGGCGGGAGGGGAAGAAGAGAAAAUAGUGAGGUCAAGGCUCCUUAGUGCGGAAGCACAAACACUGGACUCUCACCCAUCCGCAGAGGCCCGUCUCUGCCACCUGCUGCCUGUGACCUGCGCGCAGGUGUGGGAAGUCACAGGUGUGGGAGGCCUUUGUCCUCAGUCACCUUCCUGUCCUCAGGCUCCUUCCUUCCAUCUUCCUUCCUUCUCCCAUUCCCUUCUCUCUCUCUCUCUCUUCUCUUUACUCUUUUAAAAAUGUAUUAUUGCAUAGAGACAGAAAUUGAGAGGGAAGAGGAGGCAGAUAGAGACGCCUGCAGCCCUGCUUCACACUCCUGAAGAUUUCCCCCUGCAGGUGGGGACCAGGGGCUCGAACCGGGUCCUUGCGCACUGUGACGUGAUGCUUAACCAGGGGCAUCACUGCCUGGCCCCCCUUCUCUCUCUCUUUCUAGCUUCUUUCCUUCCUCUUUAUCUUUCCUUCCUCCCUCUUCUCCCUCCCUUUCUCUCUCUUUCCCCUCUUCCUUUCUUCUUCCCACCAAGAUUAUCGCUGGGCUCAGUGCCUGCAUGAUGACUCUAUUGGCCCUGGUGGUCUUUAUGGAGAGGGGGAAAGUCCUGCUUCACUGAUCCUCAAGCUUCUUCCUGCACGAGGACCAGAGAAUUGAGCCCACGGGUCCUUGUACUUGGUGACGUGUGCACUCUGCCGGCCUGGGCAUCAGGAGCCCACGUUCUCGCUCAGGACCACCUGCCUGGGCAGGUGAUAAGCCUUGGACUGCAAGUCCCAAGAACUCUGUUUCGAAGUCCGCUCACUAGGACAGUGCGCUGCUUGGCCACGUGCACCGCCUGGCUUUGAACCCGGCCCCUGCUGCUUCACGGAAGCUUUGGUGCUGUGGUCUCUCCCCCCCC